GCUAGCUACUAUUCCUAGCUGAACUCUAGCCGGUCACGGCCAUGGGCGACGGCGGCGGCGGCGGCGCCGGGAAGGCGAAGGCGAAGGCGAUGCCGGUGUUUGGGCCGUUCAUGGCGGUGUUCAUGCACGCGGACGCGACGGACGUGGCGUUGAUGGCGCUCGGGCUUCUGGGCGCCAUGGGCGACGGCGUGUCGACGCCGGUGAUGCUGCUCAUCACCAGCCGCAUCUUCAACGACCUCGGCAGCGGCGCCGACAUCGUCCAGCAGUUCAGCUCCAAGGUCAACGUGAACGCGAGGAACCUCGUCUUCUUGGCCGCCGGCUCGUGGGUCAUGGCGUUCCUAGAGGGGUACUGCUGGGCGCGCACGGCGGAGCGGCAGGCGUCGCGGAUGCGGGCGAGGUACCUGAGGGCGGUGCUCCGGCAAGACGUGGAGUACUUUGACCUGAAGAAGGGGUCGACGGCGGAGGUGAUCACCAGCGUGUCGAACGACAGCCUGGUGGUGCAGGACGUGCUGAGCGAGAAGGUGCCCAACUUCGUGAUGAACGCCGCCAUGUUCGCCGGCAGCUACGCCGUCGGGUUCGCGCUGCUGUGGCGGCUGACGCUGGUGGCGCUGCCGUCGGUGGUGCUGCUCAUCAUCCCGGGGUACAUGUACGGCCGCAUCCUCGUCGGCCUGGCGCGGCGGAUCCGGGAGCAGUACGCCCAGCCGGGCGCCUUCGCCGAGCAGGCCGUGUCGUCGGUGCGCACGGUGUACGCGUUCGCGGCGGAGCGGGCCACCAUGGCGCGGUUCUCGGCGGCGCUGGAGGAGUCGGCGAGGCUGGGGCUCAAGCAGGGGCUCGCCAAGGGCGUCGCCGUCGGCAGCAACGGCAUCACCUUCGCCAUCUGGGCCUUCAACGUCUGGUACGGCAGCCGCCUCGUCAUGUACCACGGCCAGCAGGGCGGCACCGUCUUCGCCGUCUCCGCCGCCAUCGUCGUCGGCGGCCUAGCGCUGGGGUCGGGGCUGUCGAACGUGAAGUACUUCUCGGAGGCGAGCUCGGCGGCGGAGAGGGUGCUGGAGGUGAUCCGGCGGGUCCCCAAGAUCGACUCGGAGAGCGGCGCCGGCGAGGAGCUGGGCAGCGUCGCCGGCGAGGUGGAGUUCCGGAACGUGGAGUUCUGCUACCCGUCGCGGCCGGAGAGCCCCAUCUUCGUGAGCUUCAGCCUCCGCGUGCCGGCGGGGCGCACGGUGGCGCUGGUCGGCGGCAGUGGUUCCGGCAAGUCGACGGUGAUCGCGCUGCUGGAGCGGUUCUACGACCCGGCGGCCGGCGAGGUGACGCUCGACGGCGUGGACCUCCGGCGGCUCCGGCUGAAGUGGGUGCGCGCGCAGAUGGGGCUCGUCAGCCAGGAGCCGGCGCUGUUCGCCACCACCAUCCGGGAGAACAUCCUGUUCGGCAAGGAGGACGCCACGGCGGAGGAGGUGGUCGCCGCCGCCAAGGCCGCCAACGCCCACAACUUCAUCUCCCAGCUGCCGCAAGGCUACGACACACAGGUGGGUGAGCGUGGUGUCCAAAUGUCUGGUGGGCAGAAGCAGAGAAUUGCUAUUGCCAGAGCAAUCCUGAAGUCACCCAAGAUCCUCCUCCUUGAUGAAGCCACUAGUGCACUGGAUACUGAGUCAGAGCGCGUUGUUCAGGAGGCCCUUGACCUGGCAUCUGUGGGCCGGACUACUAUUGUCAUUGCACAUCGCCUAUCCACCAUCCGCAAUGCUGACAUAAUUGCUGUCAUGCAGUCCGGCGAGGUUAAGGAGCUGGGCCCCCAUGAUGAGCUCAUUGCUAAUGAGAAUGGCCUCUACUCAUCUCUUGUGCGCCUUCAACAAACAAGAGAUUCAAAUGGGAGUGUUGAGAUUGGUGUAAAUGGUAGCACAUCUGCUGUGGGGCAAUCCAGUAGCCACAGCAUGAGCAGGAGGUUUUCUGCAGCUAGCAGGUCAAGCUCAGCAAGGUCAUUGGGUGAUGCAAGGGAUGCUGACAGCACUGAGAAGCCAAAGCUUCCAGUGCCAUCCUUCAGAAGACUACUUAUGCUUAAUGCACCAGAGUGGAAGCAAGCACUAAUGGGGAGUUUUAGUGCAAUUGUGUUUGGAGGCAUCCAGCCUGCAUAUGCGUAUGCCAUGGGAAGCAUGAUCUCAGUCUACUUCUUGACAGACCAUGCAGAGAUCAAGGACAAAACAAGGACCUACGCACUCAUCUUCGUAGGUCUUGCAGUGCUCUCAUUUUUGAUAAAUAUAGGGCAGCAUUACAACUUUGGUGCAAUGGGGGAAUACCUCACCAAGAGAAUCAGGGAGCAGAUGCUUUCCAAGAUACUCACCUUUGAAGUUGGGUGGUUUGACCGUGACGAGAACUCCAGUGGUGCCAUAUGCUCACAGCUAGCUAAGGAAGCCAACGUUGUGAGGUCUCUCGUGGGUGACCGAAUGGCUCUGGUGAUCCAGACUAUUUCCGCUGUGCUUAUUGCAUGCACCAUGGGUCUGGUCAUUGCCUGGCGUUUGGCCCUUGUGAUGAUAGCAGUGCAGCCUCUGAUCAUUGUUUGCUUUUAUGCUCGUCGUGUCUUACUCAAGAGCAUGUCCAAGAAAUCAAUACAUGCACAAGCUGAAAGUAGCAAGCUAGCUGCUGAGGCAGUCUCUAAUCUCCGUACCAUUACAGCCUUCUCAUCCCAAGAGCGCAUCUUACACCUCUUUGACCAAGCACAAGAUGGACCACGCAAGGAAAGCAUCCGGCAAUCAUGGUUUGCAGGCCUCGGCCUUGGCACCUCCAUGAGCCUCAUGACAUGCACAUGGGCCCUUGACUUUUGGUAUGGUGGCAGGCUUAUGGCUGAGCAUCAUAUUAAUGCCAAGGAGCUCUUCCAAACCUUCAUGAUUCUAGUAAGCACAGGUCGUGUAAUUGCAGAUGCAGGAAGCAUGACAACAGACCUAGCUAAGGGUGCGGACGCAGUCGCUUCAGUAUUUGCUGUUCUUGACAGGGAAACAGAAAUUGAUCCUGACAACCCUCAAGGGUACAAACCAGAGAAGCUCAAAGGUGAGGUGGACAUCAGAGGAGUCGAUUUUGCAUACCCAUCAAGGCCAGAUGUUAUAAUCUUCAAAGGAUUCACAUUGAGUAUCCAACCAGGCAAGUCUACAGCCCUGGUUGGGCAAAGUGGCUCUGGCAAGUCAACCAUCAUCGGGCUCAUAGAGAGGUUCUACGACCCAAUAAGGGGGUCGGUGAAGAUUGAUGGAAGGGAUAUCAAAGGAUAUAAUCUUCGAGCCCUGCGGCGGCACAUUGGUCUCGUCAGCCAAGAGCCAACACUAUUUGCAGGUACAAUCAGAGAGAACAUUGUGUAUGGCACAGAAACAGCUAGCGAGGCAGAAAUUGAGGAUGCAGCAAGGUCUGCUAAUGCACAUGACUUCAUCAGCAACCUGAAGGAUGGAUAUGACACAUGGUGUGGUGAGAGAGGAGUUCAACUGUCAGGAGGGCAGAAACAGCGAAUUGCAAUUGCCCGUGCCAUCCUAAAGAACCCAGCUAUCUUGCUACUGGAUGAGGCUACAAGUGCGUUGGACAGCCAGUCCGAGAAGGUGGUACAGGAGGCACUGGACCGAGUAAUGGUUGGCAGAACAAGUGUGGUGGUGGCACACCGGCUCAGCACCAUACAAAACUGUGAUCUUAUCACUGUGCUCGAAAAAGGAACUGUUGUGGAGAAGGGCACACAUGCAUCCCUCAUGGCCAAGGGCCUCUCUGGAACAUAUUUUAGCUUGGUUAGUUUGCAACAAGGAGGCAACCAGCAGGUCCAGCACUGAGAUUUUGCAUGGCCAUACAGAAGCCAUUUCCAAAUUUGUACCUGGUUCAAAAGAGUCAUCAGGACUGCAAGCAAGGAUGCUCCUUAUCAUUGAAAUUUUAUGUGACAAUGGAUUAUUUGUCCUCCCAUUGCUCUAUCAGUAUAUAGAAUCAUAUGAAGCUUGUAGUUUCUUUUCUUGAGUUAUUUGCUAGAACUGUACUGCAAUGAUGAGAAGGUCGAAAUAUGAGAUAAGCUUGUAUGAUAGGUUGCAUUUCUUCAUUCUUCUGUGCCAUAUUUGUUGAAAACCAAUUUUGUUGUUGAACACAGUACCACACAGGCUAGUAACAAUGUAAAUCAUGAUCAUUGUAUCACAAGUAGCAGAAAUGAUGUUCAAAAGGAUUAUAUUUUGGUAGAAUUAUAGUCCUUAUGGCCUUCUGGAAGAUGUAUGGUUAAGUCAAAUUCAAGAUAAUGCUCCUUCUUAAUGCAAAGAUACACAAGCCUUUUGCGUAUUCCCUAAAAAUUCAAGAUGAUGCUCCUUACAAUCAAGGAGUAAUAACAUCGCAAAGCAAAAUGAUUGGAGCAGAAAUAAUCCGCUUUACCU